UGAUGACCUUUUGCUCAUCCUUGAAGUUUGAAACUGAACACUUCCUUGACAGAACUCAGAUGUGGAAUGUGAACACUGGCCAGUGCCUUCAGACCAUCACUGAACUCCACUCCAGUGUGAAGUGUAUGGUGGAAUUGAGACAUGGGAUGUGGUGUUCCGGAGGUCAUGACCUGAGCCUGUGGAGUCACCAGGGAGAGCUGCUGCACAGGCUGGACAGGGUCACGGCAGAAACCGACAUUUCCCUUGUGCUGAGCAUCCCCAAUGAGAAGUUGGUUGCAGUGUCAGACAAAACAUUAAUGGUGUUUAAAGUGACCAGCCCCAUGGAAACUGGAGGGACCUAUCAGCUGGAGGAGUACGGACAUCCACAUGUGCAGCACAGGGAGGCCAUACAGAGUCUGGUCAACGUUUCUGACAGUGUUUUUGCGACGGGUUCCCUGGAUGGAACCAUCGUGCUGUGGGCGUCCGCACACUCCGUCAACUUCACCCGCAAGCUGAGUAGCAGCGCGCGCUCCCCCCAGGGCAUCAACCACCUGUACCCCUGGAGCAUACAGUGUGUAGUUCCUGUAGAGGAGCGCUACCUGUUUGCAGCCAUUGGUGCCGGGUUCUGGCUGUACGACGUGGUGACGGGCAAGUGUCUGGCCAAGAAGGUUGCCGCCCACUUCUCCAAGAUACAGCACAUGGUGCUGCUGGCAGGAGGGUCAUUCCUGGCCACCUGUUCUGCUGAUGGGACCAUCAGGCUGUGGGGGUCACCUGGGGUCACCGCCCUGAAGGCAGAGGAGACACCAGAGGAACAGAAGCCCAGAUACUCCAGGCAGAUCGAUAGGUUCAUGGGAAUCAGUCCGAGGAAAGAAGACACGAAAGGGAAGAGCAAGAGCAUGGAGCAGCUGCAGUUCCAACCUGCUCUGCUAGGGGAGCUGCUAGGUCAUGCUGGCACUGUGCAGAUGUUGCUGGACUGUGGAGGGGAUGGGCUGGCAUCCUGUGGCACCGAUGGACUGGUCAUUCUGUGGAAGGACGGUGCAGCCCAGUCGGAGCGUAGGAACGAGUUCAUCAGAGAGAUGCUUCAACUUGGGGCCAGCUGAACACUUUCAUCCAAACACGCAUGUGGCAGCAAAUCUCCAAAUCACAAUUACCAGGCAGCAGAGGUUGUGGUAGACAAAGGAAAUCUUGGAGUGUGUUUAACUAUAAGGACAUUGAUGUGUGCAACCUCCUGGGUUCAUACUGGCAAGGUGCAGGUGGCAUGGACGCCUUGAACAAGCCAGUGGCUUCAUCAACACUCACUAUCCAUUGUUUGACUAUGCUGCUGCUGGGAUCCCUGAUGCAGGGGUAGGCAGCAGUCGGCUAACACCAUCUCCAAAUCAGUUACCAGGCAGCAGAGGUCGUGGUAGACAAAGGAAAUUUUGGAAGGAUGUGUUAGGAAGGACAAAUUGUAUGUAUGUAGCCUUGCCAGUGUGACCCUGCUGGACAGAGCCACUUGGAAGCGCGGUGUGAAGACCGUGUCAGGGACCCACGCAGCAGUAUAAUCAAAUACUGGGUACCACUAUCUACUAUACUGGGUACUAUACUAUACUUAACUAUGUGGUGGCAUGGUGGUUAGGGCCAUCAUUUUGCUAAGAGCCUAGGGCUAAAUGAACAUUCCAAACAGUGCAGACACACUUUCUACUCUCCAAGCAGAUCUUUCAGGUGGCAAGACAGUAUCCACAGGCAAAAACAGGUUGCCAUUGGUUGGUCCUGCAGUUAUCAUGCUUCUUUGUACAUUAUGUCAGUGUGAAAAAUUUUCUAAGGGGUCCUUAUGUAUAGAGGUGAUCACUUGAUUGUAUGUAAUUUCUAUAAAAUAUUUCAUGUUUUGUACUUCUUGUGAAAAAAACUCUAACAUCAGGCCUGUUUCUAUUUCCUGAUUUGUCCACCUGAUUAGUCCUUUGUUUACUGCGGUCGUAAGUUUCAUGUGCAGUAGAAGCCAAUUAAUUGCACAACGGAUUAACACACACUUCUGUUAACUGCACGGAAUCCUAAAAUCCCAAACCGGUGCGGUCCAGCUGGAUAACUUCGCAUUAUUGCACCAGCCUGAUAAUUGCACGAAAUACGCUGGCAAAUAAACUGUGCAAUUCAACGGCUUCUACUGUGUAUUACCUUCUAAAAAGAAUUAAUCAAAGUCACUUGAGUGAUUUUAUUAUUUGGGGAACAUUGGCACUGGUACAAGAUAACAAUACAUUUCAUAAAACUGACAUUCACAAGAUUUCCACAUGUUAAAAGAUAUGUAUAUAGA